CACGUGAUAAUGUGAGCAUUGAAUCUGCACGAGAAGUAUGUAAUAGAUAACAACAUUUGAUGUUUUCUGGUCUGUGUGUAUGAUCGAUUCGAGCUCCUCCACACUUAGCACUAACGUCCUUAUGCCGUCGUCUUCAUCCGCAGUGCGCAUGCGCUCCUCCUCCCCCCUCCUCGGUGAGCCUCCAUCUGACAGCUCCUCGAGACUGGACCGAGCCUCACGAGCGGAGAUAAAACCAGAGCCGGGGUCUCUGUGAGGGUGUCUGUGAGGGUCUCUGAGUGCGGUUCUUUGCGGGCAUGUGCGGGUCUGCAGCGGGGUGAGGAUCUGCAGCGAGGUCUAUCUGCGGGUCUGCAGCGGGUCUGUGAGGGUCUGUUUGCGGAGUCUAUCUGCGGGUCUGCAGCGGGUCUGUUUGCGGGUUCUGUCUGCGGGUCUGUGAGGGUCUGUUUGCGGGUCUAUCUGCGGGUCUCCGGGCCGGAUAGCUCCUCCAUGGCGCGCUGCUGAGCGUCUUCUCACGUCUCGGAUCCGGACUCAUCGAGGCCCCACCAUGUCUGGAAGAGAGAAGGGGGGCCACACCAAGGACAGCGUCAGCCUGCUGCCCUGCUUCUAUUUUGUAGAGCUUCCCAUCCUGGUGUCGUCCGUGGUCAGUCUCUACUUCCUGGAGUGGACGGAUGUGUUCAAGCCGGUGAAGUCUGGCUUCAACUGCCACGACCGCAGCCUGAGCCUCCCUUACAUCGACCCCAACCACGAGGUCAUCCCCUUCCUGAUGCUGCUCAGCCUGGCCUUCGCCGGGCCGGCCAUCACGAUAAUGAUCGGGGAGGCCAUUGUUUUCUGCUGUACGUCUCGGAGGAAGAGUGGCGGGGGGGCCGAGGCGAACAUCAACGCUGCUGGCUGCAACUUCAACUCCUUCAUACGCAGAGCUGUGCGCUUCGUUGGCGUUCAUGCUUUCGGUCUCUGUGCCACGGCCCUCAUCACCGACAUCCUGCAGCUGAUGACCGGCUACCCGGCGCCCUACUUCCUCACGGUGUGUAAACCCAACUACACCAACGUCAGCUGUGAGCAGAAUCCUUAUGUCAUGGACGACAUCUGCUCCGGGGGCGACCCUGCAGCCAUCACCCAGGGCAGAAAAUCCUUCCCGUCGCAGCAUGCUACCCUGGCUUCCUUCGCCGCUGUCUAUGUUUCGAUGUACUUCAACAGCACUUUGACAGACUCAUCCAAGCUGCUCAAGCCUCUCCUGGUCUUCUCCUUUAUUAUCUGUGCCAUUAUAUGCGGUCUGACCCGGAUCAUUCAGUACAAGAACCACGCCAUCGACGUCUACCUGGGCUUCCUGCUUGGAGGGGCUAUUGCUGUCUACCUGGGUUUGUAUGCAGUUGGAAAUUUUCAGCCCAGCGAGGAGGCCAGUGCCAGUCCCCCUCCGAUCCUACACCGGCCCCCCUGCUCCUUGCCCCACAUCAGCCAGGAGGCGGUGCUCCACCACCUGCAGAUGAAAGCCAGCAUGGCUGGGGAGCUCGGCAUGCACACCUCUCACUCCGAGGGCCUCCUGCACCGUGGCCUCCCCCAGCAGAGGUCUGAAGACAGUCUGAAGCGCUCCAGUGCAGAGGUGGAAGUGAUAUCCCCCCGCAGCCCCCAAAGCAAAGACGCCAUCAUGACCUUCAGCCAAACUCUUCCGCGGGUCCACACCCCCCAGGCAAUGGCAGCAUAUGAGGAGGCAGCCAGACGGCACGCCGCCACCCUCCACCAUGCCUCCAUGGACUCCAGUCGAUCCAAGCAGCUCCUGUCUCAGUGGAAAAGUAAGAACAACCACAAAUGCUCCCUGCAGGUCCCGGACUCCUUCUCCUCUUCUGUAGACUCGUCCUCCGGCCAGUCCUCCCAGCACCCUCACCACCACGGCAGUAUGGAGCUCCGGUCUAGCUCUGAGCCCAUGGCUAUGGGCCUGAAUGGCGGCUUUGACAGUCAUUCUUACAUGUCCAAACUGGCCACAGGUGCUAGUACCACCCUGCCCAGUAACUGCAGCGGAAUCACCGGAGGGGCCAGGAUAUCCAUGCAGUCUAGACCUGGGUCUUCACAGCUGGUCCACAUACCAGAGGAAGCUCAUGAGAACUACAACACAACCAACCCGAGGAUGGGGGGAGGAGGAGAGAGUGAGGGGAUGUCCACAAUAAACAGCACAGUUCAGGCCAACUGGCAGCGGGCUGCAGAGAAGACCACCGCCUUCAGGACUAACGAGAACGGCCACAACACCCAGCCUCGAAUUAUGCAAGUGAUAGCUAUGUCCAAGCAACAGGGCCUCCUGCAGAUCCAUUCCAAGAGCUUAGAUGAGAGCAGCAUCGGCUGCAGCGCCAGCGGGAGCUGCCCGGGCUCAGCUCGGUACCGGGUGCUACCCGAUCCAGACCCCACAAGCACUACGGGGCCCGGCUCCCUGGGUAGCACUUCAGGCAGUAUUUCAGGAAGCACCGGAGCAAUUGUCAGAGUAGAGGCCCACCCUGAAAACGACAGACCAGUCAUCCAAGCUCCAGCUACAGAUGGAAGUGGAACGUGGAGGUGGCGAUCCCUGGAUCAUGGCACUGGAGCUGCUGGAGGUCCAGGGACAUGUGGACCAGGAGGAGGAUCAGGAGGAGGAUCAGGAGGAGGAUCAGGAGGAGGAUCAGGAGGAGGUGGUGGGAGCCUAAGGCAGUCCUUUGAGCUCAACGAUCUGAACAGAGACUCAGAAAGCUCAGACUCCAUACGUGAAGGGUCCAUCGACAGAAAGCAGGCCAAUCACAUCGUAACCACAACUGCCACCAACAGCACCCCCACCAUAGUCACUGUUCACACGCAGAACCCAAGCCAGUCCGAGCACCGGGUCCACCCUCAGGGCAUGUCCACCAUCAGGGUCACUCCAGGGGAUGGAUCUGGAGGAGGCGGAGAGAGCGCUUCAGAAACCCUUUCUGUCGCCUCCAGCCGGGAGUCCACCCUGCGGAGGAAAGGCAAUAAUAUCAUCCUGAUUCCAGAGAGAGCCAACAGCCCGGACAACGCCCGGAACGUUUUCUACAAGGGAACGUCCAUGACUCCUGUUUUCAAGGAAUAACUCGUCAGAGGAGAAGUAGCUACUAAUGCAAGGCGGCCUGCCAUUGUAAAUAUCAUAAUAACUGCAGAAGAAAAGGUUUCAUUCAGCAUGAGAUUUUGUACAUGUUUACACUGAAUCACAACCUUUAAGUGUUGUAGAAAGAAUCACUGUGUACUUUGUAGUCACUCCUAAGGAAACCUAGUGUAAUGCUUUUGGGACAAGAAAACCUUUUUUAAACAAUUACGUAUGUUUUGGAUAUACAUUUUCUGAAAAAAAGAAAUGAGCACACUGCUGUUGAAACUGUAGCAAACGGCAACACUAAUUGUACCAUAGCUAUCGAACCAGUGUACUUCCCUGCACUGUAAAUACUGUGGAAAGGGUGCUACACCACAAAAUACAAUUUACUAUACAACAUAUUGUGUAAUUUGAAUAGAGAAAAGAUGAAUUAUUUUAGAGUGAGCAACAAUGACAUUAGGACGUCACAAAUAUAUGUUUUGUACUUCGUGUUUCUCCUGUACAGAUACCACAUAAUCAAUACUGUUUCUGAACCAUAAGUGUGCUUAGCAUUCCUUCUGUAGCUAUGAGGUCUAAUAUGCUGUGACUUGCACUGACCUAUGCGUUUACUGUACCUUGUAUAGUGUAAACCCUGACCUUAUCUCUACUAACGUGUUGAUGUUCAUACCUACAGCACAAAAAGCAGCAAACGGGAAGAUUGUGUUAAACAGACCGGAGGAGAAUUAGCACAUUUCCAAACUUAAUGCAAUACUUGACCUCCAGGCACCCAGCUGAGUUUGGAUCUGCUUCAAGUGUCUUUCAUAUGUUCUGAAAUACACUUCCUUCUGUCAAACCAACAGCCAAAACGCCAACCUUAACAGUAACAAAGUGGGAGGGGGCGGGGUCAUGUCCGGGGUCUCAGGAUUAAAACAGGUGACUGGAACCUUUUUAAGACUUCAUCCACACUAAUCGAUUUUCACUGAACGCACAACAGCUGAGAGUCAGAAAUUAUGCCUGUCCGUACUACCAUUAUGAACAAACUAAGGUUAACCUACAUUAGUGGGUUAGAUGGAGAUUUACGAUGCGUUUUUUAACAGUUUUAAAAAUUAAAUGGCGUCAGCAGUGUCUUCUUACAUUCCCAGUUAACACCACAGUAGUGAGUCAUAAACAUAGCAGAAUAUAUGGUUUUAAAGGAAACAUGGGUGGGAUGGAGCUGAAGGCUUUGAGGGCAGGGAACACAUGUCAAACCAACCCAAACACAAAGACAAGUGGCGGUGGUGGCGAAGUCGAAGGGACUUGGCUUGGUAACUAGAAGGUCACUAGUUCAAGUCCCCGAAAGACCAAGUGCUACAGAGGUGUCCCUGAGCAAGGCACCGUUCCCUACACUGCUCCCCGGGCGCCGUUCAAAAUGGCAGCACACUGCUCCUAACACAGGAUGGGUCAAAUGCAGAGAAACAAUUUCCCCACGGAGAUUAAUAAAGUAUAUCAUCAUCAUCAAGUUCUCAGAAACAACACCAUUACUUUAGCUCAUCACAAACACUGUUCAACUGGUCCCAGUUUACGGGAGCAAU